UUGUCAUCGCCGUCGUUGAAGCUCUGUUUCUCUCUUUUCUCCGGCGAUCAUGAUCUACGUCGACGGAGUGCUCUUUCCAGAUGAGAACAGCUCAUCUUCUUCCUCUUCUUCAUCGCAGAAGCAAGCUGAAUGGUUGACCAACGUGGAACAGGGAAGUAGCUUGCUUGUUGAUGUAAUGACACAUCCUGUCAUAAUCUCAGCUUCUGAAACAUUUAAGAAUCUUGAGGAACAGAAAGUUACAGAAUUCAGCUCAUUGAAAGACAGAUAUGUUUACGUAUUCCAAAGAGAAUAUGCUGUUGUGAAUCCAGCUCUUGUUGAUUUUGUUGGCAUGGAUGAAGCAACAACUUGUGUAGGUCUUGUUAUCCGCAACAGAAGAUCUGGAGUCACUUCUAUUGCACACAUGGAUUCACCAAAAGUUGUGGACGUUGGGAUAAGGCAGAUGUUAUCAUUGGUUUUAGAGGAUGACAGUGAUGCCGCUGAGUUAGAUGUACAUAUGGUUGGUGGUUAUGAAGAUGUGGAUUUAAAAAAUGCUAAUGGUGGUGGUGACUAUGCCAAACCACAGGGUUACUCAUUUCCUUUGUGUUGCAAAUUAGUAUACACAUUACAGAAGAGAAGAGAAAACUUUCACAUUCAAACCUUAUUUAUUCUUGGGCACAAUACCAAGUUGGAUGGUCAAGGGAACACGUGCCCCAUUUUUAAUGGAUGCCUGGUGAAUACCUCCACCGGUGCAAUUUCCCCAGCCAGUUUCAACAGAUCUUCUAGAUGUCCGGAUGAGCUUGUUCGUAGAAUCCGAGUGUCGGCAUCAUUCGAAGAUUCUAGCUGGAAGGGGAAGUUACUUGACACAUAUGACACAAAAGCUGAUAGAUUCAUCAUCGCACCAUGCUCCUGGACAAUGCGGCUGGUUGAAUACGUGUGGGAACUUAAUCAGCUUCCUGAUGAAGAGAUUCUUGUUAACUGUUCCACCUCACCUUCUGCUGAAGGUCCAGAUUUCGUAGACAAUGAAAGAAGGAUUUGGAAGUAUUUACUAAAAUAUCCAGAAUGGAGCAAAACCUUCCCAAAGAGACAGCCACAUGUGUUUGAAAGGACUGCCAAUGGAAGCUGGAAAAGAUGUUGACUUCUGUAAAUGUUUUAACUCGUGUGGUUUGAUUCUUGGAACACAAGAGUGUAAGAACAAAGUUGCGCGACUUUGCUAGAUUGGGACCUAACUGAUAUACUUCUUAAAUCGUGGGCUUGAUCGGGCCUGGCCAGGUAAGCCUAUAUGUUGGCCCAUGGAUUUAAGUUCUUCCAUUUGUAGAUCAGACCUUUCCAUCCGAUCCGAAUAUUUAAAUAUCUAUAGAUUCC